GAGCCAAUUCCGGCUGCGCCGGAAAUCGCUACUGAGGACAGCUUUAGGAGGUACUCGCCGCCAGCAGUUCUCGGUGAAUAGUGUGUUCCACAGACUCUGAGGAAAGACUGAGCGAGGGUUCACUUGCACUUCACAAGUAUUUGAGGUGGUGAAAAGAGGAGUUAGGACAUGGAUAGCCGCUUGCAGGAGAUCCGGGAGCGGCAGAAGUUACGGCGACAGCUCCUCGCGCAGCAGUUGGGAGCUGAAAGUGCUGACAGCAUUGGUGCUGUGUUAAAUAGCAAAGAUGAGCAGAGAGAAAUUGCUGAAACGAGAGAAACUUGCAGGGCUUCUUAUGAUACUUCUGCUCCAAAUACAAAACGUAAGUAUUUGGAUGAAGGAGAGACAGAUGAAGACAAAAUGGAAGAAUAUAAGGAUGAAGUAGAAAUGCAACAAGAAGAAGAAAACUUGCCAUAUGAAGAAGAGAUUUACAAAGAUUCAAGUACUUUUCUUAAGGGAACACAGAGUUUGAAUCCCCAUAAUGAUUACUGCCAACAUUUUGUAGACACUGGACAUAGGCCUCAGAAUUUCAUCAGGGAUGUAGGUUUAGCUGACAGAUUUGAAGAAUACCCUAAACUAAGGGAGCUCAUCAGGCUAAAGGAUGAGUUAAUAGCUAAAUCUAACACUCCUCCUAUGUAUUUACAAGCAGAUAUAGAAGCCUUUGACAUCAGAGAACUAACACCCAAAUUUGAUGUUAUUCUUCUGGAACCCCCUUUGGAAGAAUAUUAUAGAGAGACUGGCAUCACUGCUAAUGAAAAAUGCUGGACUUGGGAUGAUAUUAUGAAGUUAGAAAUUGAUGAGAUUGCAGCACCUCGAUCGUUUAUUUUUCUCUGGUGUGGUUCUGGGGAGGGAUUGGACCUUGGAAGAGUGUGUUUACGAAAGUGGGGUUACAGAAGAUGUGAAGAUAUUUGUUGGAUUAAAACCAAUAAAAACAAUCCUGGGAAGACUAAAACUUUAGAUCCAAAGGCUGUCUUUCAAAGAACAAAGGAACAUUGCCUCAUGGGGAUCAAAGGAACUGUGAAGCGUAGCACAGACGGGGACUUCAUUCAUGCUAAUGUUGACAUUGACCUAAUUAUCACCGAAGAACCUGAAAUUGGCAAUAUAGAAAAACCUGUAGAAAUUUUUCAUAUAAUUGAACAUUUUUGUCUUGGGAGAAGACGCCUUCAUCUAUUUGGAAGAGAUAGUACAAUUAGACCAGGCUGGCUCACAGUUGGACCAACACUUACAAAUAGUAACUACAAUGCAGAAACAUAUGCAUCCUAUUUCACUGCCCCUAACUCCUACUUGACUGGAUGUACAGAAGAAAUUGAGAGACUUCGACCCAAAUCACCUCCUCCCAAAUCUAAAUCUGAUCGGGGUGGUGGAGCACCGAGAGGCGGAGGUAGAGGUGGCACUUCUGCUGGCCGUGGACGAGAAAGAAAUCGAUCUAACUUCCGAGGAGAGAGAGGUGGCUUUAGAGGGGGCCGUGGAGGAGCACACAGAGGUGGUUUUCCACCUCGAUAAAUUUUGAAGACAUUGAUCCUGUUAAUGCCUCUCUAACUGUCUUUAUUAUCAUUUUCAUUUCAAGUGGGAAACUUACUUUAGAACUUAAUUCAAGCUUGCACCUUUACUUUGGUUUCUCUGAGCUGAAGGCAUCUUAGUCAACCUCCUUGCAGUUGUCGACACACUAUCUGGUUUUGUUCAGGAUAAAUGAACAAUUCUGCCUCUUGUCAUCUACAUGAACAGAAUGGAGCAACACAAGUAGACUUCAGAGACUGAAUCUGUUCUGAUAAAUUCCAACUACUUACAAAAGUUUUGCUUUUUAGAAAUA